GCAGACCUCAAAAUGCAAAAUAUUAACGGGAUUAAAUGAGUUUUCUUUGCUUGUUUUUAGGGGACAUCACACAGAAGGGGUAUGAGAAGAAGAGAGCAAAGCUGCUGGCUCCAUAUGUCCCACAAACCCAAGGGGUUGAUCCAGCAUUACAGAAGGAAUCCAGACCUCAGAUGCCCGUUCCAUCUGCAGCUCCAGCCUCAGCCUCAUCCUCCUCAUCCUCAUCCUCAUCCAAAUUCCACCGAGCUCGCUCAGGGGGAGCCAGGGAUGAACGUUAUCGAUCUGACAUCCACACGGAAGCCGUGCAGGCAGCGCUGGCCAAGCACAAGGAGCAGAAGAUGGCCCUGCCCAUGCCCACCAAGCGCCGCUCCACCUUCGUCCAGUCCCCGGCCGACGCCUGCACUCCCCCAGACACGUCUUCCGCCUCCGAGGACGAGGGCUCGCUCAGGCGCCAGGCUGCUCUCUCUGCUGCAUUGCACCAGAGCUUACAGAAUGCUGAGUCUUGGAUCAACCGAUCUGUUCAGGGGUCAUCCACAUCCUCAUCAGCAUCCUCUACACUUUCCCAUGGAGAAGGCAAAGGGACCAGUGGGUCACUAGCUGAUGUUUUUGCCAAUACUCGAAUAGAAAGUUUCUCAGUCCCCCCAGAUGUCACAGCAACUACCUCCACCCCCUCAGCACGGCCAGCAGCCAUCGACCUCCCUCCCUCUGGAAUUGUCAAGGGGAUGCACAAGGGAUCCAACCGCUCCAGUCUCAUGGACACUGCAGAUGGUGUUCCUGUGAGCAGCAGAGUCUCCACAAAAAUUCAGCAGCUGCUGAACACCUUGAAAAGACCUAAAAGACCACCCCUGAAAGAAUUCUUUGUGGAUGAUUUUGAAGAAAUUGUGGAAGUUCCCCAGCCCGACCCGAACCAGCCCAAGCCCGAGGGUCGCCAGAUGACCCCGGUGAAGGGAGAGCCCCUGGGCGUGGUUUGUAAUUGGCCUCCUGCCCUGGAAGCAGCUCUGCAACGCUGGGGAACCACCCAGGCCAAAUGUCCCUGCCUGACAGCCCUGGAUGUGACAGGAAAACCAGUUUAUACCCUCACCUAUGGCAAACUGUGGAGCAGGAGUCUCAAGCUGGCCUACACCCUGCUUAAUAAACUGGGCACCAAAAACGAGCCUGUGCUCAGACCUGGAGACAGGGUAGCCCUUGUGUAUCCCAACAACGACCCUGUGAUGUUCAUGGUGGCAUUUUAUGGCUGUCUCCUGGCAGAAGUGAUCCCAGUGCCUAUAGAGGUACCUCUUACCAGAAAGGAUGCUGGUGGGCAGCAGAUUGGUUUCCUGCUGGGGAGCUGUGGGAUUGCUCUGGCCCUCACCACUGAAGUGUGUCUGAAAGGGCUCCCAAAAACCCAGAAUGGAGAAAUUGUGCAGUUUAAAGGUUGGCCCAGACUCAAAUGGGUUGUGACAGAUUCAAAAUAUCUCUCCAAAUCUCCCAAGGACUGGCAGCCCAACAUCUCAGCAGCAGGAACUGAGCCAGCAUAUAUUGAGUACAAGACCAGCAAAGAGGGCAGUGUCAUGGGUGUCACCGUGUCCCGUGUGGCCAUGCUGGCUCACUGCCAGGCCCUGUCUCAGGCCUGCAACUACUCUGAAGGUGAAACCAUAGUGAACGUGUUGGAUUUUAAGAAGGAUGCAGGGCUGUGGCAUGGCAUUCUAACGAAUGUAAUGAACAAGCUGCACACUAUCAGCGUGCCCUAUUCUGUGAUGAAAACCUGUCCUCUCUCGUGGGUGCAGAGGGUUCACGCCCACAAAGCCAAGGUUGCUCUGGUGAAGUGUCGAGACUUGCACUGGGCCAUGAUGGCCCAUCGGGACCAAAGGGACGUGAGCCUGAGCUCGCUGAGGAUGCUGAUCGUCACCGACGGCGCCAACCCCUGGUCUGUUUCCUCGUGUGAUGCCUUCCUGAGCUUGUUUCAGAGCCAUGGGCUCAAACCAGAGGCGAUUUGUCCCUGUGCCACCUCCCCCGAAGCGAUGACCGUGGCGAUCCGGAGGCCUGGAGUCCCCGGGGCCCCUUUGCCAGGCAGAGCCAUCCUGUCCAUGAACGGGCUGAGUUUUGGAGUGAUUCGGGUCAACACUGAAGAUAAAAACUCUGCUCUCACUGUCCAGGACGUUGGGCAUGUGAUGCCAGGAGGCAUGAUGUGCAUAGUGAAACCAGAUGGGCCACCCCAGCUCUGUAAAACAGAUGAGAUUGGUGAAAUCUGUGUGAGCUCCAGAGCAGGAGGAAUGAUGUACUAUGGGCUGGCAGGAGUGACAAAGAACACUUUUGAGGUGAUCCCUGUGAGCUCCUCUGGCUCUCCAGUGGGGGAAGUUCCCUUCGUCCGUUCUGGCUUGCUGGGAUUUGUUGGACCUGGCAGUUUGGUGUUUGUGGUUGGGAAAAUGGACGGAUUGCUGACUGUGAGUGGGAGAAGGCACAAUGCUGAUGACAUCGUGGCCACUGGGCUGGCUGUGGAGUCCAUAAAAACAGUUUACAGAGGAAGGAUUGCUGUGUUCUCUGUGUCUGUGUUCUACGACGAGAGGAUCGUGGUGGUGGCAGAGCAGAGGCCAGAUGCCUCUGAGGAGGACAGCUUCCAGUGGAUGAGUCGAGUUCUGCAGGCUAUUGACAGCAUUCACCAAGUGGGUGUUUACUGCCUUGCUCUGGUGCCAGCCAACACAUUGCCAAAAACUCCUCUGGGAGGGAUCCACAUCUCCCAAACCAAGCAGCACUUUCUGGAGGGCUCUCUGCACCCCUGCAACAUCCUCAUGUGCCCACACACUUGUGUGACAAACUUGCCAAAGCCCAGGCAGAAACAGCCAGGUGUGGGCCCUGCCUCUGUGAUGGUGGGGAACCUGGUUGCUGGGAAGAGAAUCGCUCAAGCCUCUGGGAGAGAUCUGGGUCAAAUAGAAGACAAUGAUUUAGUUAAAAAGCACCAGUUCCUGACAGAAGUGUUGCAGUGGAGAGCUCAAGCGACUCCUGACCACCCACUCUUCCUUUUAUUGAAUGCCAAGGGAACCACUGUGUGCACAGCCACCUGCCUCCAGCUGCACAAAAAGGCUGAGAGAAUUGCCUCAGUGCUGUGUGACAAAGGCCAUCUCAAUGCAGGAGACAAUGUGGUGCUUCUUUAUCCUCCUGGCAUCGAGCUCAUCACAGCCUUCUAUGGCUGCCUGUACUCGGGCUGUGUCCCUGUCACCGUGCGCCCUCCCCACGCCCAGAGCCUGGUGGCAACACUGCCCACAGUGAGGAUGAUCGUGGAGGUCAGCAAAGCUGCCUGUAUCCUCACAACCCAGACCUUGAUGAGGCUGCUCAAGUCCAGAGAGGCAGCUGGGGCUGUGGAUGUGAAAACCUGGCCAACCAUCAUCGACACAGAUGACUUGCCCAGGAAGCGACUGGCCCAGAUCUACAAGCCACCCACACCUGAAAUGUUGGCAUAUCUGGAUUUUAGUGUUUCCACAACAGGCAUGCUCACAGGAGUAAAGAUGUCCCAUGCUGCUGUCAGUGGCCUGUGCAGGGCCAUCAAGCUGCAGUGUGAGCUCUACUCCUCACGGCAGAUUGCCAUUUGUCUGGACCCCUACUGCGGGCUGGGAUUUGUGCUCUGGUGCCUUUGCAGUGUGUAUUCUGGACAUCAGUCAAUUUUAAUUCCUCCUAUGGAGCUGGAAUCCAAUCUUUUUCUCUGGUUAUCUACUGUCAGCCAGUAUAAAAUAAGGGACACUUUCUGUUCCUAUUCAGUCAUGGAACUGUGUACAAAGGGACUUGGAAACCAAGUUGAAAUGUUAAAGGCCCGAGGCAUUAACCUGUCCUGUGUGAGGACCUGCGUGGUGGUGGCCGAGGAGCGGCCGCGCGUUGCCCUCACUCAUUCCUUCUCCAAACUCUUCAAGGACAUCGGGCUCUCACCCCGAGCUGUCAGCACCACCUUUGGCUCACGGGUCAACGUGGCCAUCUGUUUACAGGGAACAUCAGGGCCUGAUCCCACCACGGUGUAUGUAGACCUGAAAUCCUUGAGACAUGACAGAGUUCGUCUGGUGGAACGAGGAGCUCCUCAGAGCCUGCUGCUCUCUGAGUCUGGGAAGAUUCUGCCUGGAGUCAAAGUGGUCAUUGUCAAUCCAGAGACAAAGGGGCCUCUGGGAGAUUCUCACCUUGGGGAGAUUUGGGUGAACAGCCCCCACACAGCCAGUGGCUACUACACCAUCUACGACAACGAGACUCUGCAGGCCGACCACUUCAACACCCGCCUGAGCUUCGGCGACGCGGCGCAGACGCUCUGGGCUCGCACCGGGUACCUGGGAUUCGUGCGGCGCACCGAGCUCACGGCGGCCAGCGGAGAGCGCCACGAUGCCCUGUACGUCGUGGGAGCCCUGGAUGAGACUCUGGAGCUGCGGGGGCUGCGCUACCACCCCAUCGACAUCGAGACCUCGGUGUCCCGAACCCACAGGAGCAUUGCUGAAUGUGCUGUGUUCACCUGGACCAACCUGCUGGUGGUGGUGGUGGAGCUGUGUGGCUGUGAGCAGGAGGCUCUGGAUUUGGUUCCUCUGGUUACCAACGUGGUCCUGGAGGAGCAUUACUUGAUUGUGGGCGUGGUGGUGGUGGUGGAUCCUGGAGUCAUCCCCAUCAAUUCCCGAGGAGAGAAACAAAGGAUGCACCUCCGGGACAGUUUCCUGGCAGAUCAGCUGGACCCCAUUUACGUGGCCUACAACAUGUGAUGGCACCACGGAGAGAACGAGGGUGCUUAAUGGAAAUGAAGCUGGUGAAAAAAAAAAUUACUAAUACUUGAUCUAAAGUUUGAAGUUGCCGCCACAUUCCCUCCCUCCCUCCCUCCCUCCCGUGCUGGGGGUUUCAGUCCCAGUGGGGUGAAGGAAAUGUGGGAAGCAGCAGCAAACGUUUGUAAGCGUUUACUGAACCAUGAGCUUUAGAGAACUGCAAAGUGGGAAAUUGUGUGAGCUACAAAAUCCCCAAGGCCUUUACAGUAGUGUUACUUUUUCACCCGUUGUACAUAUUUGUAUUUUUAUCUAAUCCCGGGUUAGGAUUCUAUAAGGGGAGGGUUUAUUUAGUUAAGAUAAUAAACUAUUAAGAAAAGGGUCAUCAGAGUUCUGCAGUUCCCUACUCCAUGAUCUCCUUUGCAUCUGGAGCUGUUCACACCCCCACGGGAUCACAAAACUUAUUGACAAUUGUGCCAUGACCAAAUCAAUAACUUACAGAAUCAGAGUUACUUAUUCAUAUAGAGAUUUCUGGAAUUUAAAAAGAAUUUUGCCUAUAUUUUAAAUAUGUAAAUAUUAUUAUACAUAAUUCACUUAGAUAGAAAAUUAACUUGGCUAGUGAGGACAGCUGAAGGUUGAUGCUUUUAAGGACAGGUGACUUUUGUGGUCUUCAGCAUCCUGGCAUUGGCUUAGACACAAUGUGAGAUGCUCCCACCUCCCCCAGGUUUCUGAUUUCAUUUGUUACCUUGAUUCUGGCCAGGAGUGUGCAGAACCCUUUGGUUUUAAGGCACAUCUUUUCUCCAGGAGGCUGAGUUCAGCACGGAAUUGGGGGUAGGAAUGGCAGUGCAAGUGCCAGAAGGAGCUGAGGGACAGCCCCUGCCUCAUCCUGUGGCUCCAGGUGUGGAAAGGAAAAACGUUCCUCAGGUUGGUGAGGAACAUUCCACACCAGGUGUGGAAAGGAAAAAACAUUGCUCAGGCACAAGGUGAAUUCCCUGCUGAUUCCAUUCUGUUGGGAUUCCUGCAGACAGAGCAGGAACUGUUGUGAACAGGCUUUAGUGGAAACUGGGAGCAAUCAAAAAUCUCCUCAAAGCAUUCCCUGAAAGAACAGGAGAAUUCCAGGUUCAGGUCAGACACAAUUUUUUCUUUUCCAGGAGGAGACAGGAAUUCUGGCAAACACAAAAAUGUUCACAAAAUAGAGAAAAUUGUUAUCCCAGCCUUCCACAUCCUGUGUCAGCUCCAACUUUAGGGAAUUGGAAGAAAAAGAAGCCUUAAAGCAGCAGCAGGUACAAGAUUUUCCUGCUGGGAAGCAGCUCCACACGGGCUGGGGGAGAGCUGGUGGUUGAGCUUUGACUCAGAAUUAUCUUUUUAUUUUAUUAUUUUUUUAAUUCUUCAUCUUUUAACAACAAUUACACUUCUCUGGGUGCUAAUAUAUGAUUUUUUUUUUUUGGAAGCCUUGGGAGCUGCUACCAGAUCCUGCAACAGGGUUUUUUUGAGUCAGAUGUGGUAUACAGUGUAAAUAAACUUUUCAAACGUUCCAGAUUACCUCACGCAAAGUUUUUUAGGCAGUUUUUAAAAGGUUUAUGGUGUGGACUUUGGAAGAUCCUGUGGCAGUUACUGGAACAGUGGAUCCACGAGCAAACCCCAGCUGUGUCCUCGAAAAGCUCCUGCUGCAUCCUGGUGGUUCCUCACUGAAAACAGGAGCUUUAAAACUCAGAUAAGAAGUUUCAAAUGAUAUUUUUGAAAAAUAUUUGGUGGGGGAAUAGGAACUGGAAGUUUUUGUGGCAGGUCUGGGCUUAAGGUUCUUUGCAAACACUUUGGGUUUCAGGGGCACAUUUUGGAACCUUGUCUGUGUUUUCCACAGCCAACACUGCAGAAUAUGCACAAAAUCUUCAAUAUAUUUAGUUUUAACAAAUUGAACACCAAGUGGGGACAAGUGGCAGGUCAGGCUGUGAGUAAAACAGUUGGUCCUGCAGCUUAUUUUGGGUGUAAAGUGCACAAAGGUUGUUCUCCCCUUUCAGCCAGAAAAUUCUUGUUAUUCCAUGUUCUUUGUCACCAUUUUUGUGUUUCCUGCACAGCCCAGGCCUGGCCAAGCAGCUUCACUCCAGUGUGACCUUUCCAGGGAAAACUGGGUGGUCUUGAACCUUUUUCUUUUCUCAAAGCUUUACAUUAAUUGUUUCAACAAACACUUUUUGUCCACUGAAGUAGAUUUUUAAGUCCAAUUCCAGGAUUGUCUUUUAUUUUUAUUCGUGAUUUUUCACAAAUAAAGCAAUUGUGUGUCUGAAUUCCAUCAAAUGUGGCAGAUGGAAUUCCUGAAAUGGCAUUUUUGAAUGUGACUGGAUUGAUCUUUUUUUUUUUUUUUUUUUUUUUUUUUUUUUUCUCCUUAUUUUUUAGUUUGGAUAGGUACUGAUAGCUUCCUAUGGUU